GAUGAACGUUUCGUUCAGUUUAACGUUGACGCGCGUGCAAGGUAAAGCCGUUUACUACACUAGCUCCGCCGCUCUCGACAGCUCCGGUAGUGAUACUCGUUCGCUUAGUUUGAUCCGGUUCCUUCUUCCUUCGGUAGAUAGCAGAAAAAUCACCUUGAUUCAUGAUUGUGUGAGGAAAGAAAAAAGUGCGUGGAAAACCGGAAAGGAAGGAAGCAAAGUUAAGUUCCGCUCCCGAUUGUUACUCGAUACGGUGAACUAGUGUUUCUGUGUGCGUGUUCGUGUGACAGUGGUGAAAAUAGGAGGAGAAGAAGAAAAAAUCCUCUAUCGUCGCACAAGUAAAAGAAAAGGGGAAAACAGAUUUAUUGUUGGAGGAAAAACGACAGGAUGUUUCCGGCAUUAUGACAACGGUGAACAGCAGGAGGUGGCUGUGAAAGAAGGAUAGAAACAGCAUCCCGUAAUAGCGUUGUGUGCGUGCGUGAUUUAUUCGCCGGAAGUACUACAGGUGUUUUUUCCGCUAGUGUUGCCGCGUGUGUUUGUGUGAAAGAGUUGAAAAGUGAAGUAAAAUGAAAAAGCCACUUUUUGUGUUUGUGCAAUCGCAGAAAGCGUAGAGCAGCAGAGUGCUCGGACCGAUUGUAUGGGAAAGAAAAGGAAAAUGGUUGCCUAGGAUUCCUCCUGGCAGUGUUUCGCAGUGUGCGCAGUGUGGUGGUCCGGCAAAUGCAACGUGAGGCGCGCCACGAACGGCCAAGUUAUCCAGUGAAAAGUUCUCCGCUUUCGUUGGGAAUCGGAUGUGAAGCGUUUUUAAAGCGAAAAUCAACAAGUGGAGCACACCAUCUUUCUUUUUCUACUACGACCGGCCUUUUUCGGGGGGAGACUAGUUGGAGUCGGCAGAGCUAAAGCUGCUGGUGCUGUGUGUGAGUGUGUUGUGUGAGCUGGGAGAAGAUAGUGAUCGUGAGGCAGGUGAUAGUUUAGUGGUGAGAAGAUGAUGGUGAAAUUCGACCUCACCAAGAAGUACUAGCGGAUGACGACCAAAGUAGUGAGUGUAGUGUUUCGUUAAGUUUUUGGCGUUUGGUGGCACUAUUUUUUGUGUCGUUCCCAUCUGGUUGGCGAUAAAGUCCCGAAAAGCUCAUCCCACAAAAUGUGUGUGUGCAAAGUGUGAAAAGGGAGACGGUGAAGUAACGGCAAAGGCAUCGGCAGGACUUCACACACAGAACCCAAGAUAACCGAAACAGCAGGAAUCGCUACUGGAACUCGCAGCCAGUCCAAAGCAUGGCCCUACGAUCGGGUGAUAUUUGGUGUCAUCGAUUGGAGCAUUCACUUCCGUGCUAUCUGUUCGCGAACGUAACCUAAUCGAGAGCCUGAACACUUAUACGCGAUCUCACACACGCACGCAACCAGAGUUUAUAGUGUUGGAAGUUGCAGUGAAGACUCCAGUACAGUAGAGGCGUCAUUACUCCGCUAAGGAUACGUAUUGUUUUAUUUUUUAGGGAGAGUUAAGAAAAUCUAUCUCCGGGACUCCGAGUUCCAACACUGAUCGUGCGAUCAGAGUGGUCCGAUCGCUAAGUAUAAGAGGGAGCGAAAGGGAGAGAGAGAGAGUGAGCUGUGGAGAAAUUUUUCCCCGUACGGGUUGGUCUAAAAAUCGGCAUAAAGAUUGAGGAACUAAAGCACAACCCCGGCCGGGGGACCCUGUUCGACGAGGUGGAGGGGUACGGCGGAUCGAUCGAUCUCGAUCACCAUCAUCAUCACCAUCACCAUCAUCACCACCAUCACACGGAUUCGUACUCGGCCAUGGUUGAAGAUCCGGACGACAAGGAUGACACGAAACGAAAAUCUCGCAAUCUUAGUGAGAAGAAGCGGCGCGAUCAGUUUAACCUGCUUGUGAACGAGCUCAGCUCGAUGGUGUCGUCCAACAGCAGAAAGAUGGACAAAUCCACCGUGCUCAAGUCGACGAUCGCGUUCCUCAAGAGUCACAACGAGAUUGCGGUCCGCUCGCGGGUGCACGAAAUACAGACGGACUGGAAGCCAUCGUUCCUUUCGAACGAGGAGUUUACUCACCUGAUUCUGGAAGCGCUCGAUGGGUUCAUCAUCGUGUUCUCCUCGACGGGGAGAGUAUUCUACGCAUCUGAAAGUAUUACCUCACUGUUAGGGCAUUUACCGAGUGACCUCCUGAAUAUGACCGUGUACGAUAUGGUGUACGAGGACGAUCAGAACGAUCUGUACAAUAUACUGCUUAAUCCGACGACUGUAGUAGACCCGCUGCAGACGGGCAUUAGCCGGGAGAAUCAGGUGACGUUUUCCUGCUACAUCAAGCGAGGAACGGUCGAUUAUCGGGCGGAUGUGUCGUAUGAGCAUGUGCAGUUUACUGGGUACUUCCGAAGCGACGUUGACACGGAAUCCCUCAUGACGACGUCCCGGUUUAGUGGGUACACGAGCGAUGCCGACUCGCGGCUCGUAUUUGUCGGCACGGGACGGCUUCAGACGCCUCAGCUCAUUCGUGAAAUGUCGAUCGUCGAUAACACGAAGAGCGAGUUCACGUCCCGCCACAGUCUCGAGUGGAAGUUCCUGUUCCUCGAUCACCGUGCGCCACCCAUCAUCGGUUACCUCCCGUUUGAAGUGCUGGGAACUUCCGGGUAUGACUAUUAUCAUUUUGACGAUCUGGAAAAGGUGGUGGCUUGUCAUGAAGCAUUGAUGCAGAAGGGUGAAGGUACGUCGUGCUACUAUCGGUUUCUUACCAAGGGCCAGCAGUGGAUCUGGCUGCAGACACGCUUCUACAUCACGUACCACCAGUGGAACUCGAAGCCGGAGUUUGUGGUGUGUACGCAUCGGGUCGUGAGCUAUGCGGAUGUGAUGAAGCAGAUGCGUAAUCAGACGGCGGGUGAUAGCAAGUUCUCGGAGGAUGCGGACAGCAUCAGUGUGCACGGGGUGGAGCGAAAGUUUCAGCAGUCGUCCUCGCAGAGUUUGCUGGCUACAUCGCCCUGGAGUUCGAAGAGCUCGCGGACGUCACGGGUAGCUCCAACGCCGGGUGUUUCGCCAACGGGACUUUCGAAUCGGGGACGACAUCGGUACAACACUUACCACGGUCCGGGGUCGGAUUCAGCUACGUCCAUUUCUACGGAAUCUCACACCAGUCGUCAGUCGCUCGUGACGCAACAUUCGCGUUCUCGCAUGCGAACCAGCACGUUCCCAUCGAAGGUUUCCUCGCACGGCAGCCAACCGGACAGGAGCUCUAUGUCACACUUCCUACUGCAACAACCGCAGCAAACGCAGCCAAGUGUUGGUCAUCAUCUACAGCCAGCGCAGCUUCAACAGCAGCAGCAUCAACAACUACAACAGCAACAGCAUCAACACCAGCAUCAGCAACAACUUCACCAACAGUCCCAUCCACUAUUACAGCAGCAUCAACCACAGAUACAGGGACAUGCAGCUCAGCAGCAGCAUCCGCAACUGCAACAACAACAGCAACCACAGCAUCCAGCGAUGAUCCAAAACCCACCGGUAGUCGAAGUUUACCCUCAUCAACUCCAACCUCAGCAUCCUCAUCAACAACCGCCCCAACAGCAGGUUCAUCAGCAGCAGCAGCAGCAACAGGUAGCUUCCCUGCAACAACAGCAGUCAGCAGUACAGCAGCAACAGCAGCAGCAGCAACAACAACAGCAGCAACAACAACAACAACAACAACAGCAAUCCAUCCCACAACCCUCAACUGCAGCAGCGAUACGACCUCCGACCACGAUCAUCACCCCACCGGUAACGCAGAUCAUCACGGCAACCGGCUUCAUCGAACCGCAACAGUAUUUGACGGCCAUCCCGGUGCAACCGGUGGCCGGCUUUACGGAAACCGCGCCCGGUGUCCUUUCACCGAUUCAGUCCACUUCCCCGCACGGUGCGUACGCCGUCGCCCACCAUCCUGCAGUCACUGGGACGGGCGGCGUAGUGCUUACGCCAAGUCAAAAUCAGGUGCAAGAUCAGCUGCAAAGAAAGCACGAAGAGUUGCAACACCUGAUACUGCAACAGCAGGAAGAAUUACGGCGCGUGCAGGAGCAGCUUCUGAUGGCCCGGUAUGGAUUGCUGCCAUCGAUCGUUUCUCUCCCUUUUCCACCCGGGACGGGUAAUGGCCCAGGACCCGGGCCAAGCGUAGGACCGGGUGAGCGUUGUAACAGUGGAGGUUCGUUUCUGCAAGCACAUCACCAGGCAGCGCACGGGAACGCGUUCCAUCACCAUCAUUACCAUCCAGCUUCAGCACAGGCAGCACAGCAUCCGCCUAGUCAUUCGGGUGUGCUUCAUGCACAACAACAGUCGCAGCAUCACGCUCAGCAACAGCAGCAGCUCGCCCAACAAGACCAACAGCAGCAGCAGCAGCAGCAGCAGCAGCAAAUGUGCAUCGCUCCACCGGAUCAGAAGCCAAUUUUACAUGCCGAUCCAGAGCAGCUCAACUUUACCGACACCGGACAGGGGAAGUUGGGCGAACCGAAUGAGAUGAUAUCGUACAUGCAGCUCACUCCGGUACCGCUGCACCACCUCCAGCAAUCAAGCCAAUCGUCCACAUCAACACCCGCCUCAUCCGUCCUCAACCAGCAGCAGCACCAGCAGCAGCAGCAGCAGCAAAAGCAUCAACAGCACCAACAGCAGCAACACCAGCAACAGCAGCUAAUGCAGAUGGGCGCCCCACCGGAUGGUGGCACUGGAACGAGCGGGAACGGCAACGGUACCACGAUCAACAACAUGGGACUGCUGCAGUAUCAGAUGGCGCAGGAACAGGCGCAAAUUCUGUUUACCUCGGGCAUGGAACAGCAGCAGGGCCAGCAGCAGCAACAACCACCACCGACGGCGCAACAGCAGCAGCAGCAUCAAGGGGCCGGUAGUUCCGAUGCCGGCUCACGCACCUGUCCAUCGCAAACGAGUGAAAUGUAGGGCAGUAGUGUAGGUUAGGGAACAGAUUUCAAUUUCCAACAUACCAACGAGCUUACCAACAACGAACAGACAGGCCAGCAGGGACGUCGACUAGGGUGAGAGGUUUAGGAGAUACGUUUAUCGUAAAAUUUGCAGGAUACAUUUGUACCAUAAUACGAACCUACUUUGUAUGCAUACAUAUACUACUAAGGACAGGGUUUCAACUUGUCCAUCCACCAAAGAAGAAUAUUCCAUAGUGCAGGUUAGCGUUUUGAUAUGGCAAGCUGUACAGCUCUAUACACCAGUAGCUACUACUACUAGCUUAGCCCGUAUUGAGCCAUUGUACUAAUUAGUGUGUACGAGUAAGUAAGCAGAGAGUGAUAGCAAGAAGGCUAGAGAGAUGAGAAGAAGAAGUACACAAAAAUGUGGUGAUAAAUGCAGGUUUCUUUUAAGGUGUAAGUAGCGAGAGAGAGAGAGAGCGAGAUAUGAUCACCCAUGGGAGAAUCGGUCGUUAUAGUCGGUUUAGUACAAACCAAAAAGUAUAGCUGUAGUAUCGUAUGUCAUAUCCAAACACACACAUUCACACACACACGUACAUUCCUUCAAGCAAACGGGUGUGAUGGAGCAUUUUUACUGUGUAUUUUGCACAUUAUACUUCGUUGUUUUUUAUUUGUUGGUGGGUGAAACAUACUAUGAAGCGGUAGAGCCUGGCAUCUACCUUUGGAGAAACUUUUGAAAGGUGAGUGGAAAGUGUCUCUUAAAUGUGAGAGAUAAAGUGGGUGAAACGGUUUUGAAGAUAGCGGAAGGAUUGGAAGAAACCGACCGGUGAAAAGGGUGAGAAGAGAAGAAAGCUAAAUAAAUGACAAUGUGUAGAGCGGGGAAUGAAAGCGAGAA